CGAAACCUCAGGCUGCUGCUAGUAAGAGGUGUAUGUGUUUUUAUGGCGACCAGAGCAGCCGCAUCUCCCCUAUGAGCCCCCGAUGAGUCCCUGCAGCAACAAAAGGAUUUAGACCUCCGCUCCGCUGGACGCAGCUACAUGAAAACAAGGGCCAAGUCUCGUGUAGCGCGCAGACCUGCACAUUUUUGGCCCAGAUUGGAGGGAGGACAUAGCGAGUGACCGUCAUGGCAGCGUCGGAGCUGUACACAAAGUGUGCCCGGGUGUGGAUUCCUGAUGUGGAGGAGGUGUGGAAGUCUGCUGAGCUAGUGAAGGACUACAACAAUGGAGACCAAUCCCUGCAGCUCAUAUUGGAGGAUGGAACGAAACUUGAACACAAGUUGGACCCAAAAACAAAGAACCUGCCUCAUCUGCGUAACCCUGACAUCCUGGUGGGUGAGAAUGACCUCACGGCGCUCAGCUACCUCCACGAACCGGCUGUUCUUCACAACCUUAAAGUCCGCUUCAUUGACUCCAAGCUCAUCUACACAUACUGCGGAAUUGUUUUGGUGGCCAUUAACCCGUAUGAGAACUUGCCGAUCUACAGCACAGACAUCAUCAAUGCGUACAGCGGUCAAAACAUGGGAGACAUGGACCCACAUAUCUUCGCUGUGGCUGAGGAGGCUUAUAAACAGAUGGCCAGGGAUGAGCGAAAUCAAUCGAUCAUUGUGAGCGGUGAAUCUGGAGCUGGAAAGACUGUGUCUGCCAAAUACGCAAUGAGAUACUUUGCUACAGUCAGUGGCUCAGCCAGUGAAGCCAACAUUGAGGAGAAAGUACUAGCCUCAAACCCCAUCAUGGAGGCCAUUGGAAAUGCGAAGACUACCAGAAAUGACAACAGUAGUCGAUUUGGAAAAUAUAUUGAAAUUGGCUUUGACAACCGCUACCGCAUUAUAGGUGCCAACAUGAGAACAUAUCUUCUAGAAAAAUCACGAGUCGUGUUCCAGGCUGACGAGGAAAGAAAUUACCACAUCUUCUACCAGCUCUGUGCCUCUGCUCAUCUGCCCGAGUUCAAAAUAUUGAAAUUAGGACACGCAAAUGAUUUUCUGUACACCAGACAAGGACGUAAUCCUGUUAUUGAUGGUGUGGAUGACACCAAGGAGCUCAGCACUACACGAAAUGCCUUUACACUAUUAGGGAUAAAUGAAUCAUAUCAGAUGGGCCUGUUUCAGGUGCUGGCUGCUAUUCUUCAUUUGGGGAAUGUAGAAAUUAAAGACAGGGAUUCUGACAGCAGUUUCAUAGCUGCAAACAACAGCCACCUGACGUCUUUCUGUGAACUCGUGGGGGUCAGUUACCAGGACAUGUCCCAGUGGCUGUGUCACAGGAGGUUGAAGACGGCUACAGAGACGUACAUCAAAACUCUUCCUCGGCUCCAAGCCACCAACGCCCGAGAUGCCCUGUCUAAACAUAUCUACGCCAAGCUUUUUAACUGGAUUGUGGAGCAUGUGAACAAGGCCCUGAUUGCAAAUGUCAAACAGCACUCAUUCAUUGGGGUCCUCGACAUCUAUGGGUUUGAGACAUUUGACAUCAACAGCUUUGAGCAGUUCUGUAUUAACUAUGCAAAUGAGAAACUUCAGCAACAGUUCAACAUGCACGUCUUCAAGUUGGAACAGGAGGAAUAUAUGAAGGAGCAGAUUCCUUGGACUCUCAUAGAUUUCUAUGACAAUCAACCCUGCAUUAAUCUUAUAGAAGCCAAAAUGGGAAUCUUGGACCUUCUGGAUGAAGAAUGUAAGAUGCCUAAAGGUUCUGAUGACUCCUGGGCACAGAAACUGUACAACACACAUCUUAAGACUUGUUCUCUGUUUGAAAAACCGCGCAUGUCCAACCGCGCCUUCAUCAUACAGCACUUUGCUGACAAGGUAGAAUAUCAGUGUGACGGUUUUCUGGAAAAGAACAAGGACACUGUAAAUGAAGAUCAAAUUAAUGUGCUGAAAGCCAGCAAGUUCAACUUGUUAGUGGAGCUGUUCCAGGAUGAAGAAAAGGCCACCAGUCCAACUGGACAAGUCCCUGGGACCGGAGGCCGAACACGACUCAGCGUCAAACCUGACAAGAGUCGAGACAAGAGCAGCAAGGAACACAAGAAGACCGUCGGCUGUCAGUUUCGAAACUCUCUUCAAAUGCUGAUGGAUACUCUGAAUGCCACCACUCCACAUUAUGUUCGCUGCAUCAAGCCCAAUGACUUCAAGCAGGCCUUUACAUUUGAUCCUAAACGUGCAGUUCAGCAGCUUAGAGCCUGCGGUGUCCUGGAAACCAUUCGCAUCUCUGCAGCGGGCUUCCCAUCCAGGUGGACCUAUCAGGAGUUCUUCAGUCGGUAUAGGGUACUGAUGAAGCAAAAGGACGUCCUCCCAGACAAAAAGUUAACCUGCCGAAAUGUUCUGGAGAAACUUGUCCAGGAUCAAGAUAAAUACCAGUUUGGUAAAACAAAGAUCUUCUUCAGAGCUGGCCAAGUGGCUUAUUUGGAGAAGCUCAGGGCAGACAAACUGCGUGCUGCAUGUAUUCGUAUCCAGAAAACAAUUCGCUGCUGGCUUGCGCGCAAAAAGUAUCUCCAUCAACGCAAGGCUGCUAUCACGAUCCAGAGGUUCACCCGGGGAUACCAGGCCCGCUGCUUGGCAAAGUUUCUACGGCGUACCCAGGCAGCUACUAUCAUACAGAAGUAUCAGAGAAUGUAUGUGGAGAGGAAACGCUACAGGCAGAAGCAGGCAGCCGCCUUGGCCAUGCAGAGAGUCCUCCGAGCUUACAUGGCCCGCCAGAAGUAUCUAGCGCUUGUGCGGGAGGCUAAGGUUGUCAUCAUUCAAAAGCGUGUCCGAGGGUGGCUGGCCCGGUGUUGGUACAAGCGCUGCCUCCGCUCCAUCGUUUACCUGCAGUGCUGCAUCCGCAGGAUGAGAGCCAGACGUGAGCUAAAGAAACUCAAAAUUGAGGCUCGCUCUGUGGAGCACUUCAAAAAGCUCAACAAGGGAAUGGAAAACAAGAUCAUGCAGCUGCAGCGGAAGAUUGACGAGCAGAAUAAAGAAAGCCGUUUGGUUAAUGAAAGGCUGGUUAGUAUAGAAAGUUCAUACACAGCAGAAAGUGAAAAAAUGCGAAGUGAGCUCAAUCGUCUUCAUGGUGUGGAAGAAGAUGCAAAGAACAAAGCUAACCAGUUAUCAACACUCCUGGAGGAACUGGAGAGGUUAAAGAAAGAGCUGACCACCACACAACAAGAAAAGAAAACUAUCGAGGACUGGGCACAAAACUACAAGACCGAAAUGGAAAAGAUGGUGUCAGAACUCAAAGACCAGAAUGGUUCAUUGAAGAAAGAGAAGGACGAUUUGAACAGGUCGAUUCAGGAACAGAGUCAACAGAUGACAGAGAAAAUGGCUCAAGCUAUAGCACAAGAGACUCAGCAACUCGAAACGGAUUUGAACGAGGAGCGCUCUCGUUACCAGAAUCUCCUCUCCGAACACCUUCGCCUGGAGGAGAAGUACGACGACCUGAAAGAAGAGAUGGCACUUUCUUCUCACAUCUCCAAGCCUGGGCACAGGAGAACAGACUCCACUCACAGCAGUAACGAGUCAGAAUACACCUACAACUCAGAAUACACAGAAAUGGAGGACGGCUCCAGAACCAGAGAAGACGUAACGCGAGGCCUAGACACAACCCUCACUCUGAAGCUCCAGAAGCGCCUCACAGAACUAGAACAAGAAAAACAGUCUCUGCGCAAUGAGUUAGAAAACAAAGAAGAGCAGUACCAGCGGGCUAGAGCCAGGGAUGAUGCAGAGUUUAAAAGGGCCCGUGGAGCAGAGCUUGAAUACGAGUCCCUCAAACGUCAGGAACUUGAGUCUGAGAACAAGAAGUUGAAGCAUGACCUGGCUGAGAUGAGACAGAGCUUGUUGGGGGAUAAGUCUGCUAACAUGGGAGCCCCUGGAUCUCCUGCUUACAAGGUGCUGUUGGAUCAGCUCAAUGCUUCCUGUGAAGAAUUGGACGUGCGCAAGGAGGAGGUGCUCAUUCUGCGCUCUCAACUGGUCAGCCAAAAGGAAGCCUUCCACCACAAGGAAACCAUGACUGAACCGUCUGUUUUUGCUCAAGAUGUGUCCAAGCUCAAAGACGCUGAUGAACUCAAGCAAGCCUACGUGGGUCUCAAAGACACCAACAGAUCUCCUAGGUUUAUGCCCAAGUCUCUGGAUAUGAGUGAACUUCUAAGUAGGCUCAGAUCAGCUGCACCAGACAUCCAUAAGCUGAAUGAGGAUGGGGAGCUGUGGCUGGUUAAUCAGGGCUUAAAGGAGACAAUCAGAUUGUUGGAGCAGCAGCUGCAGACUCAGCGGAGGAGCCAUGAUAACGAGGUGGAGUCUCUGCGUGGCGAACUGCAGAGUGUGAAAGAGGAGAACAACCGUCAGCAGCAGCUCCUGGCUCAGAACCUGCAGUUACCCCCAGAGGCUCGCAUCGAAGCCAGCCUGCAGCACGAGAUCACACGGCUCACCAAUGAAAACCUGGAGCUCAUGACUGAUGACCCAACUGAAUCCCGAGAGGCCCGAGUCAUCAUUUUGCGGCGGAUGGUUGAUCUCAUGGAACAACUGGAGAAACAGGACAGAACUAUUCGCAAACUCAAGAAACAGCUUAAGGUUUACUCCAAAAGGAUAGGAGAAAUGGGAGCGGGUCAGACUGAGGGCCAGACAUCUCCAGGACAGAUGGUGGAGGAGCCCAUUCACCCAGUCAAUAUUCCUCGCAGAGAAAAGGAUUUCCAGGGAAUGUUGGAGUACAAGAAGGAGGAUGAGAUGAAACUAGUCAAGAACCUUAUUCUUGAGCUGAAACCUCGAGGCGUAGCAGUGAAUCUUAUCCCAGGCCUUCCUGCCUACAUCCUGUUUAUGUGUCUAAGACAUGCUGAUUAUGUAAACGAUGAUCAGAAAGUCCGUACUCUGCUCACUUCCACCAUCAACAGUAUUAAGAAGAUCCUAAAGAAACGUGGUGAUGAUUUUGAGACCGUCUCUUUCUGGCUUGCAAACACCUGCCGCUUUCUGCAUUGUCUGAAACAAUACAGUGGAGAUGAGGCCUUCAUGAAACACAACUCUUCGAGGCAAAAUGAACAUUGCUUGUCAAACUUUGACUUGGCCGAGUACAGACAGGUGAUCAGUGACCUAGCCAUCCAGAUAUACCAGCAGCUGGUCAAAUGCAUGGAUAACAUCUUAUUGCCCAUGAUAGUCCCUGGAAUGUUGGAGCAUGAGACCAUUCAGGGCGUCUCAGGGGUGAAGCCCACAGGUCUCCGAAAGCGGACGUCCAGUAUCGCUGAUGAGGGCAUCUACACUCUGGACUCUAUUCUGCGCCAGCUCAGCGCCUUCCACUCCACCAUGUGUCAGCACGGCAUGGACCCCGAACUCAUCAAACAGGUGGUGAAGCAGCAGUUCUACAUCAUCGGAGCUGCCACCCUCAACAACCUGCUGCUGCGUAAAGACAUGUGCUCCUGGAGCAAAGGCAUGCAGAUCAGGUAUAAUGUGAGCCAGCUGGAGGAGUGGCUCAGGGACAAGGGGCUGAUGGGGUGUGGAGCCAAAGAGACUCUGGAGCCUUUGAUUCAGGCUGCACAGCUGCUACAGGUGAAGAAGAAGACUGAUGAAGACGCAGAGGCCAUCUGCUCCAUGUGCCAGGCCCUGACCACUGCGCAGAUUGUGAAGGUGUUGAAUCUUUACACUCCAGUCAACGAGUUUGAAGAAAGAGUUUCUGUUGCAUUCAUACGGACAAUACAGACCCGCUUACGAGACCGCAGUGACAGUCCCCAUUUGUUGAUGGACACCAAGAUGAUUUAUCCAGUCACUUUCCCAUUCAAUCCUUCCUCUCUCGCUCUGGAAACCAUCCAGAUUCCCAGCUCACUCAACCUGAGCUUCCUCACACGAGUCUAACCCGGACUGAACCUCCUGCAUUUUCCUGCUUUUAGAAUAUUCAAUAGACAAAUCAUGUAUUUUGUUGCAGGCAAUGAAAAAUGACAUAACAACACAUAUAAUACAAAACACUUAUUUAUACAACAAAACCUUUCAAAAGCAUUAAAUGGCUGCAAAGUGACUCUUCAAAAUCUUUUGACAUGCAUAUUCACACACAGUUGCUCUUAUCUUCUAAUAUGCCAUAACUUGGCCUGAUUUCAUUCAUUAAAUGGUAAAGAUUUAAUACGGAUUAAGAACCUACGCACAAACACAUUUUCUAUUAUUCAGGGGAUACAAAACCAACCUGCAUUCAUCUUUUGCUUGUAUAAUGCCUACAACUUACCAAAAUAGAUUCAUAGAUUCGUCCCAUUUUAGACCCUGGUUGCCUGUUACGAUCCCUGUGCUUUGCCUUCCUCUGUGUGAUCAAUCAUCUCAUGUUGCUAUAAAAAUGUGGCCUCAUGGAGCUGAAUGCUGUUAGAACAAACAAUGUCUGCGUCCAGUAUAAGCCAUGUUAACGUGGAACAAAAAUGAGUCCAAUGUGCGACAGCCACCUCAAAUAUCUCAGUUUAUCCAAUAUCAUUACUAUUAGAUAUAAUUUAAACUAAUUACGUAGCCAUUAUUCCUGCUUUAGAGCUACUUCAACUAAAGAUUUUAGAACAUUAGAUUGUGCAGUAAUAAGUGCACACUCUUAAAAUCAUGCUUGUUGUCUUUUACUUUUGUUGUCGUUUACUGCUCUAUUCUACGCCAAAUUGUCCACGCCACAUAAACAGCACACACAGUCCUUAUACCCCUUUUGUCAACUUGUCAUAUCUUGAAAUAUUUUAUCAUGAUAAUUUAUUUAUUUUAGUAUUGUCAAUGUAUUGUGUACCAUGUAGAGAAAAGAAAAGAAUGAAAGUGUCACAGCCAUGGUUUUCCUCAAAUGACUCCAGCUUUACAACAGUGUUAUUAGUUACUUCUCUUUUACAUGUUUUCCUGUUAAGUAGCUAAGAAAGCCCCACAGGCUCCUGCUACCAAAAAUAUGUCAUAUCAUGUUGAUGUUUUCCCUUUUUCCACACAUUUGUUAAUCGCACAAUGCACUUGAUAAUUUUAUUGUUAAAUGGCUGUUUGUCACACAUGCAAGACCUUGUGUAUAAUAUUAAGAUGUUGUUGACAAAGGUGCAUAAGCUUAACCAUUAUCCAAAUCAAACUGCAUGGCACGCUUUAACUUAAGACAAACUGCAGUGCAGUUGAGAGUUGCUGGACAGUUUUGGAAAAUGCUCUUGAAAGAAGCCUGUUUCAUGAUUGUGUGCAACUGGUCCUAUUGUCUCAUGUUUAGCACUUUUUAUUUUACCAUUCCUACUGUGCCAUUAUUUUUUUACCCUGAACCAUACUUGCCUCUUUCUCCUCUCAAACUUUUCUUGCCUUCUGACAUUACUUUUUGCAUGUCACCACAAUGUGUACAUUACAUAAAAAAUAUAUGAAGGAUCAGAGUACAAAUAAUCAUCAAGAGAAUAUAUAAAGUUAUCAUUUAGUUUAGUGAGAAUAUAUUCAACAAACUGUGUUGGAAGUAUUUACUUUACUUUAGCAGUGACUGAAUCCACUAUAUGAAUGUUUCAAACACACAUCACCAUUUCAGCUAAACACUGAGGACAAAGCCUUACCUGACUUACACGCAUUGUGGCAUUGUGCAGUACUUUUAUUGUCCCUCUGUUGAAGUGCACUGUUCCAAAAUGCACUUUUAACAUUUCAUCAAUGACUUGGAGCCUAGGAUACUUUCUAAUCACCUCUACACUUAAACUGUGUUCACUGAGCCAGCCUCCAAGGGUGUGGACACUUGUUUUUCUAAGUAAUUUGUCUUGCAUUGUUUUAUUGUAAAUUGUAUUGGCCAUUAGUAGUAAGAAAUAAAAUGGACAUAAAAUGCAUACAUCACAUAAAAUUGUAAUGUAUUCACCUAAAAAAAACAGUAUUACUUCAGGGACUUGUUGCUUUAAGAGGGCACUGGGCAAUGCAUUUUAGUCUUUCUUGGAAUCAGUGUGUACAGCCUAAAAACAAGAGUUGGAUAUAAGAUACAUGAUAAAAUAAGUCUUUUAAAUGCAUAUCUAUUUAUCAGCAUUGUCAUUAUCUGGACCAUUGUAAGGACAUUUCACACCAUGAUAUCUGCUCUCUCUGGUACAUACCAUCAGCCCCUCUCGGGUCCAUGUGUACAUUAGAGACAAAAUGGACAGUUUGUAGUUUCCGGUAGCUGUGCUUUAGUGAAUGUGUUCACUGUUAAGAAGAAUUAAGAAACUUGUAAUAAAUGUCAUCUGUAAAAGUAUAAAAUAAAAGAAUACAACUCUC